AUGAGUAAAGGUACUAGAAGCAAAAUCAAGGCCAAAGAAGCUGCUGCUCGUGAGAGAAACCGUGAAAGGACUCAUGAAGAGACCUCUGAACAUUCCUCCCUUGAUGACUAUGAGGAUGUUCCCUCUGACUUUGACAAUGAUACUUCUAGAAUGGAAGAAGAAGAUGAUGAUAACAAUAAUGGUGUUUCAAUGACCAUGAACGAUUUCAUCAAGAUCUACUUGAAGGAUAGGGAAGAACGGGAGAAGCAUGACAAAGAGGUCGAUAAGACUCUCGCUGAAGUCACUAAGUUCAUGGGAAGAGACAACAAUCCUGAGAACAAGCCAACUGGCACUCCUGAGAAAACUCCUCCGUUCAAAAAGAACUUUGAUCCCGAGGCCUUUUCUGAGAAGUACAACUUUGGUACUGGCAGAUCCAAUGCUUCCAACCCCAAGGUGAAGAAGUUUGAAGAGUCUAGGCCUAGGAUCUUCAAAACUACUCCUGUUGAAGAUGGAUUGUUGAAGCUUAUUCAGGAUGUUAAGCCAAAUCUUAUUCCCCUUGCGGAUGCUGAGAAGAGUUGUAUCAUGGAGGUCGGCGGUCCUGGCUCCAACUACAGCGCUUCCCGUCCUAGAAUCAUCGACUCUGAUCCACGUAACAUGACCAUUGACGAAAGGGUCACUUGGUUAAUGUCUGCUCAGCAAUUCUGUACUUGCAAUCGAUUCAGAACUGAUCAAUGGGUCUAUAUGAUCCUUGUUGAAUCUGUUAAGCAUGAGCCUACUGCUGAUGGAAUUGAUGGACUCAUUGGUAAUAGAGUUGGUGGUGGCCACUCUUAUGUUGUUGGUUGUUGGAAAGCUCUGCUUCUCUACUUUUUUGCUGAUGAACGUGAACUAUACAGAUAUCUUCUUAAGAAGUGUCAGCGUUUGAGUAACGUGAUCAUUCGUAAGAAUACCAGUGUUAACGCCACUUUGAUCGAGUGGGCUGAGAAAUGGAGAGGUAUUCACAAGUUCAAAUUGAAUUUUACUCAAGGUCUGUACAUUAUUAGAGACAUUCUUUAUGAUCUGGUUCCACAAACUACAUUUGAUUUCCAGCAUGUCCAGAACUGGGGUCACCUGGCUGACUUUCUCCGUGAAGUCAACAUUGGUGUUAUUCCAUCUCCUGCUGAAGACUAUGUCUGGUCCAAACCUGAUGACGUGGAUGUUCUUGUUGGUAAACCAUCACAAGUCAUUCAGUUCAACCAAAUGGCAAACUCUGAUGACACUGAGUGUGAAGUUGAAGGAGAACCCAAUGUCAUUAAGUAUAAUAAUGGUAAGAACAAUGGCAACUAUCAACGUGGUUACAAUGGUCAAGGGAGUCGUAACUCUUACAACUCUGAUGGUAAGAACAAUGGUAAGAACAAUGGUAAGAACAAUGGUAACUAUCAACGUGGUCACAAUGGUCAAGGGAGUCGUAACUCUUACAACUCUGGUGGUAAGAACAAUGGUAACUAUCAACGUGGUUACAAUGGUCAAGGGAGUCGUAACUCUCACAACUCUGGUGGUAAGAACAAUGGUAAGAACAAUGGUAACUAUCAACGUGGUCACAAUGGUUAUGGCAAUGGAAACUCCUACAACCGUAACUCUUAUGGUUACAAUGGUGGAAAUGGAAAUAACUAUUCCCAGUCAACAUUUCCUAGUGGUACCCAUGAACAACACAGUGGAAUCCACCUUGGCUGUUACUGUCAUUACUGUUCUCACGCCAAACAAGACGCUAUCAAAUGGUUACUCAUGUUAGCCAAACAGGAAAGAUCACGCAAGGAAGUUAACCUCGUUGACAUCAAUGAGAACAAGACUCCUACUAACCAGAAACUUUAUUACUUGGAAGAGGUCAUUUCUGAAAUCAUGUCGGAAGAUGGUAACGAAUACAACCCGGUUAUCAGACGUAUGAAGGAAGAUGCUGGUCUAGCCACUGAUCCUGAUCUUUUGGAUGUUGAGAAUCAAGAUGGUAUCUCUGAACAUUUUACUCCGUUGUUGACUGAUCUUUCUGUCCAACCUGGUACUUUAUUCUCUGAUAUGAUCUCAUUCUCGUCUACUGUUCCCGCUGCUCCCGAUUUUGUUAUUUCGGAGACUCCUGAUGAUACACAAUCUCCCCAACUGUUGUCUAUGGAUCUCUCCCCUACCCCUAUUAAGAUUCUCAUUGAUACUGGUGCUACUACUUCUGUUCUAUCUGCCAUUACUCUUGAGAAGCUUAAUACUCCCCAUCGCUUUGGUCAGCUUACCCUAUCUGUUUGUGAGAGAAACGAAUGUGCUUCUAAGCUGGCUACUGAUGAUCAACUUUUCAUUACUGUUGCUAAUGGUGCUCGCAUACCUGUAACAAGGUCUGCUUGUGUUAAUUUGCAAUUUGGUGAUGAAACUAUCCACUUCAGGGUACUUGUUGUUGCUGCUUUGGCUGGUAAUACCGUACUUCACGAUACGUUAGUAUUGGGAAAGGAUUUACUUACCAAACUUGGUUACUCAGUUACCACUGAAGGUGAGAAACUUGGUCCGGUCAAGUUGAGUACGCUGGUGGCGUUACCUCUUGAUCCGGAAUUUGCUGUUUAUUCCGCUGUUCUACACUCGGAACCGAAACCAAUCGAAGUCAUUGAUGCUGUUGCAGAUGCUUCUGCUGUUUCUGACCGUGCUAUUAGUUACCUAGAUCCCUAUGAGGUUGUAGAAAAAUGGUUGUCGUCUUGA